AUGACUAGCAACAACUACUCCAUCCACUCCAUCGCCGCAGCAUAUGGCCUCGGCCUUGUGCCCCACGGCUACUACUAUGUCAAGAUGAUGGCCAAUGCCAACGGAAUGGCCAGCAAUAUUCUACCUCGAGAAAACCUGACCAACCUGAAAGGCAAGCUACCGGCUCAGAUCUGGAGCAAAUUAGCCAAGGCCCGGGGCGCACAUCUGAACGCCAUGGAGGGUCUUCCUCUGUUCGCAGUCGCGAUGCUGGCUGGAAACCUUGCGAAGCUCCCGUCGAAGGAGCUGAAUACCCUCGCCUUUGAGUACCUCGGAGUGCGCUUGUUGUAUACUGCGAUCUAUAUGGGUGCGAAGUCAGAAGCCGCCAGCUACCUGCGCACUGGAGUAUGGGCUUGGGGUGUUUCUAUUCCCAUCUGGGGUCUGAUCAAGGCUGGGAGGAUGAUGAACAGUGCAGAGUAG